AUGUUGCGUGCUCUUACUUUUGCUGCUUGGGCAGCAUAUCUGACCAUCCCGCUGGCCGAGGGCGGCGGUGGUGCCGAUCUCCUUGGCCAAGAAGUUCCUUCCAAAUCUACCUUCCCGCAUGGUGUUGGAAACGAACAAUUACAACAAUAUCUCCAAGGGAAACAACCAAAAAAAGCCUCUCUUGCGAUCCUCCCGGCGUUGGGGGUAGGGAUUUUCGCUGCGCUCUCUAUGGGGUUGAGUCUGGUACUAAAAUCGAUUCUUCGUUUCAUCUCUCGGAAGGUGGGAGGCAAUGUUCCUUCUGGCAGUUGGCAUUCUUCAGGAGGAGCCGAAGAAAUUAACGAAGAGGCGGCUGAAGGCGUGAGUUCCCCUGGGUGGAGUUCUGCAGAGGUUGAUCCCGGCGCCACAAGCACAACAAUCGAAUCUGUACCAGCAUACAACCCCAGUGUUCUGGGUUCAGAAGAAGUGCAAUCCAGAAUCGACGAAAUGGAGCUACUGCUUCAGCGGAUAAAAGAGGCAGAGGAUUCAGACAACAAUCUUGAUAGCACAGGUAUGACCUUUGAGCGCCUGUUGCAGCAGGCAAACUAUUACCGCCAGCAUAAUGAGAACGCCGACUUUGAACCGUCCGUUCCUGAAGAACAGAUUUUAAAGUUCAGGGAACUUCUUCAAUACCUUAUUGACGCUAUCAUGCUUCACUAUGGCCCCGACAGGUGUGUCUACAUUUUUAGAGACCAAUUGAUGUGGAAUGCAGAACUGUGA